AUGGAGCCGGUCGAUGCCGCCGUCACCUCGUCACCUCGAGCCGAGAAGACGACACCGACACUGACCAACUUCAGCACUGCCUACCACCGCACCCAUCAUCGUACCACGGUCGACCGCGCAGAUAAUACGGUGCCUUUCCUCGCGCCAGAUAUCACCCCCAACAUCCCCGGUCACAACUCAUCCAGAAGAGCAAGCAUGCGCUUCCUUCAUCUUUCCGUCGUCUCGUUGGCAGGAGUCUACGCCGCGCCGCUCCGAACCGCCCGCAGUCCUGCUCCCACCGUCGAUGACAAGCCUCUGGAAGCUGCCCCCGUCGUCGGUGAGCACGAGCAUGUGAAAAACUCCCGUCCUGAUGCGGCUGACAACAUCAUAGCCAUGCCUAUGCCGAAUCCUGGUUGUCCCAACCAUUUGACGAAAGACUGUGGUCCCAACUUUCUUCGUUUCGCAAAAGAGUAG